CAUACGCGCGCUUCAGCUCACGCGCCUCCUCACAUGUAACUACUGUCAUCAAUGGCAACGGCGCUCGCGCAGAAGGGACUAAUUAUUUUCCAUUUGGAGGAUAAUUAAAGCGAGUGAUUAGAGUAACGACGGGGGCCGUGAAGGGAAAGUCACCCAUCUUUUGGCCCUUUGUCCAAUGACAAUGUUUCAGACUGUCCCUGACACUUCAUCAUAUGUCAAGGAGGCGCUUUCAGUGGUGAGCGAAGACCAGUCUCUGUUCGAGCCUCCCUACGCUGCUGCUGCCCCGCUACCCAAAACCGACAUGACAGCAUCCAGCACACAGGAUUACGGACAGCAACACAAGAUCAAUCCCAUCCCGCCUCAGCAGGAGUGGAUCAAUCAGCCCGGCCGCAUUAACGUAAAACGCGAAUACGACCAUCUCAACGGAACCAGAGAAUCCCCGGUGGACUGCAGCGUGGGGAAAUGCAAUAAGCUGGUGAGCAGCUCAGACACAUCGCAGAUGGGUUAUGGAGGCUACAUGGAUGAGAAGAGUGCCCCGCCCCCGAACAUGACCACCAACGAGAGGAGAGUCAUUGUUCCAGCAGAUCCUUCUCUGUGGUCCCCGGAUCAUGUACGGCAGUGGUUAGACUGGGCUGUAAAAGAGUAUGGCCUCCUAGAAAUCGACACAGCCAUGUUCCAAAACACAGAUGGCAAGGAACUGUGUAAGAUGAGCAAAGAGGAUUUCCUGAGACUGACCACUGUCUAUAAUGCUGAAGUCCUGCUCUCACAUCUUAAUUACCUCAGGGAAAGUAGCUCAUCACUAUCAUAUAAUACACCAUCUCACACUGACCAGUCUCCUCGUCUGGCUGCCAAAGAAGACGCCUCAUAUGAUGCUGUACGGAGGACAGGCUGGUCAAACAACAUGCACAGUGGUAAAGGCUCCCCUACUGUGGUCUCACAGAAUGUAUCUAAGAGCACUGAACAAACUCGGCCUCAGCCAGAUCCAUAUCAGAUCUUAGGACCGACAAGCAGUCGACUUGCCAACCCAGGCUCAGGCCAGAUCCAGCUGUGGCAGUUCCUCUUGGAGCUACUAUCCGACAGCGCCAACGCUGGCUGUAUCACGUGGGAAGGGACCAACGGCGAGUUCAAGAUGACCGACCCGGACGAGGUUGCACGGCGCUGGGGUGAGCGCAAAAGCAAGCCCAACAUGAACUAUGACAAGCUGAGCCGUGCGCUGCGCUACUACUACGACAAAAACAUCAUGACCAAGGUGCACGGCAAGCGAUACGCCUACAAGUUCGACUUCCACGGCAUCGCCCAGGCCCUGCAGCCUCACCCCACGGAGCCUUCCAUGUACAAGUACCCGUCUGACUUGGCCUACGUGCCUCCUUACCACGCUCACCAACAGAAGGUCAAUUUCGUCUCACCGCAUCCACCUUCCAUGCCUGUCACUUCAUCCAAUUUUUUCGGCCCUUCUAACCCUUACUGGAGCUCCCCUACAGCAGGCAUCUACCCCAGUGCCAGUGUGCCAAGACAUCCCAACUCUCACAUGCCCUCCCACCUGGGCAGUUACUACUAAAUCCUAUGAGUUUGCUCUAGAAGCCACAUGCCAACCCCAAGCUGCACUCAGAAGGAAAGCAAAUUGAAAAAGAAGAGAAUGAAAAAGGAGAAAGCGUGACGAAAUUUGUAAAAUGAAGGAGAAUCAGGGCAAAAUUCACUAAAGCAAGGAACUAGAUGAAGAAGGAAAAAAAGAAAGGGGAAAGAAUGAAGCAAAAACUGGAUGUUGCAUUGAUCCACUUCGAAAUGGAGUACUACUUAUUCACAGGACAAGUAACUGUUUGUUUUUUUGUCUGUUUGUCUAGAGUGUAUUUUUGUUUCCACAUGUUUUUGCAUCUUUGUAUCCCUGUAAACAUUAUGGGCCAAAGCAUUCCCUCGACACACACGCAUCUACCCAAUAUGGAUUCAAACUCUCACAAAUUCCACAAUGGUCUUGGUGUUCAAAUGUGAAAUGUCUCCAGUCCCACUACUGGGGCAUAUCCAAUGCCAUGCUAGAGUUUAGACAAGCAUUAUAGCACACAAAAAAAAUCAAAAUGAAAUGACAAAUCAAGAAUAACUGUGACACUGUGCCAACAUUCUCUCUGCUAAUACAGAUAAUAUUAACAUUCCAAUGCUUUCAGCAAAAUGGGGUCUGGUCAUCUAUUUUUUUCAUGGACUCCUCUAGAAACCCAUCUAAAAUAACAUCACAGGAGGGAUAUCUUGCAGCAAAAAAAAUUACAAAUAUGGCAACUGGAAUGUUCAGGUUCAGCCCUUUCUCUCUCUUUUCCUCCUAACUGGAAUUCUGACACAUUGGCCAUAGCUGAGAAAAACAAAUGUAGGUUUGCACAGAGUUUUGUCCAUGUCAGUCACCACAAUCGUAAACGAAACAUUCUCAGCAGGUAUCUAAUGCCAGGAAUAUUCUAUUGGCUA